AUGAAGAAAAGAGCUGACCACAUACUCCAAAUGGUGAUCAAUGACAAACAAAAUGAGAAAAUUGACAAAGAGAACGUGCCCUCCAGUCCGUCCAUAAUAGAGGAUACACCACCACGUGACCAAAAACAGAACUGGACCAAUUUGUUACAGAUUAGAUCUUCAAAUGUAUGCGAAUCUAUUGCCGAAAAUAACGCAGACCAGAGUGUAGUAAAUGACGUACCUCAUUUAAAAAGCCCACGUACUAGAAGUUCAAGUUCUAGUAGCUCAUCAUCAAGCAGUAGUUCGUCGUCUGAUAGCACCUCGUCAUCGAGUACUUCCAGUUCAUCAAGUUCCAACAAAUCAAACACUUGUGCUCCAGUUCCUAGUACUGAUGUGGGACGGCGAGCAGCAGCGGUGUGUAAGCCAAAUUAUCAUGCCUCUCCAAUAAAUACCGACGAAAGUGAUGUAGACUUGAGCGACAAUGAUCCAACCUUUUUAGGUGUAAAUAGGAAUAAUUGCUUAAUACCGGCUUCAAGCUCUUCGUCAACUUCAAGUUGUUCUUCACCUAAACUUGACAAUGACGUCCCUUUGGUGGAAGAUGUAGAGGAGCAAUCGAAUACCGAGAAAUCCAGAAAACGCAAAAGAAAUGGAAGUGCAUGGAAACAAAACAUGGCUAAAAAAUUACGAAACAGCGGUCAAGCCUAUAAAUCGGUUUCUAAAUCAAAAAAGGCAUAG